GUGGUGAGCAGUGGCAAGUCAGAUUUCUGUGUUUACACAGUGACAACACAUGCUGCUCUCUCCUGUUGCAGUGAAAACAUUUUACAGCCUAUAGUCAGGAAGCUGUUCAUCAGCAGAUGGUAACAUUAAGUAUCUGGUAAGGCGACAGUUGUGUCAAACAGAGGAGUGAAGGACAUUUUACUGAAGUGCAGGGAAAACUCAGCUGUGGCCAGUGAUGGACACGAUGGUGUGUCUGAUGGGUGGAGACGCCUCUAGACUGUACAGCACUGUGACCCGCAGCAGCAGCAGCAGCAGCAGCAGCAGAUCUUCUCUCCCUCGGCCUCCAUCACACCUGGACUCACAGUCAGACACAAACCUGGAUCCAGACCUUUGCAAGAGGGGGUCCACUGUCUGUCCCCAUGAUCCUGCAGAGCUGCUACAACAGUGUAAGGAUGCCCUCAGAGAGACCCCGCCUCGCUUCCACAGGAAGUUCAUUAACCUCUUCGUUAAAGACGGCGCCCCCAGCAGCCCAAUUAGGGUGAUGCAGUGGAACGUUCUGGCCCAGGCUCUGGGUGAGGGACUUGACAGUUUUGUCCAGUGUCCACUGGAGGCACUCAGCUGGUCGCACAGGAAGUAUCUCAUCAUAGAGGAGAUCCUCACCUACCGACCUCAUAUCCUGUGUCUGCAGGAGGUCGACCACUAUUAUGACACCCUUCAGCCGGUUCUGGCCGGCCUGGGUUACAGCAGCAACUUCUGCCCCAAACCCUGGUCGCCGUGUUUGGACGUGGAGGGCAACAACGGCCCGGACGGCUGUGCGCUAUUCUUCGAUCAGUCACGGUUCGAGCUUGUGGACAGCAUCAGCAUACGGCUGUGUGCCAUGAGGAUUCCAACCAAUCAGGUUGCUGUAAUGACGAUGCUCCGUUGUCGGAUCACAGAAAAAUGUGUGUGCGUGGCCGUGACCCACCUGAAAGCCCGUGCUGGUUGGGACUGGCUCCGCAGCGCUCAGGGUUCCGACCUCCUGCGACACCUCCAGAACCUGGUCCAGAAACAUCCUGGUGCUCCCACUGGUGACCCCAGCUCUGACAUUCCUCUGCUCAUAUGCGGCGAUUUCAACGCAAUCCCAAACGAGGAGGUGUACCAGCGAUUUGUCACGUCCCCGCUCAGCUUGGACUCGGCCUAUAAGAAACUCAGCAAAGACGGUUUGACUGAACCAGAGUACACGACAUGGAAGAUUCGACCCACAGGGGAAUGUUGUACCACUCUGGACUAUAUCUGGUACAGUCAGGACUUGCUGAGAGUGGACACUGUGUUGGACCUGCCCACUGAGGAACAGAUUGGACCAAACAGGCUCCCGUCCUUUAGCUAUCCAUCUGACCAUCUUUCUCUGGUGUGUGACUUCAGCUUUAAGGAGAAGGAGUGAGCAGGCGGUGACCGUCGGCACACGAGAAGUGACAAUGAGUUGAGAUUAGCUUCAGCUCCACCAGCACGAGGCCUUGGACCCAGAGUGGGCAGCGGAGAAGUGACACUGAGGUUACAAUGUUUCCUGCUGUUUUGAUGCCGUAUACCUCCCUGAACGCUAACCCUGUUUUCUACACCAGGUCCCGUAGCUUCAUCUGUACCCAGACCAUUUCUACUGUGACAUGAAUGAAAAAGAUUUUUUAAGUUAAGUUCAUAAUAAUCCUGAAAUCAGUCAGAAACAGUUGUAAAUGUGCUCCACACUGCCAGUGUUACAGAGUUACACAGAAUAAAGUUUCUGCUGUUUA